AUGAACCACUCAUUGCUACAGAUGAUGCGGUCUGACACAGUACCAUUUUUGACAUCGUUUUUUUUCACUGACAGCUUAUACAUCCCACGAGAGGAUUACAAAGAGUUUGUUGAACUCUGUCGCUUAGUGCUGGAUUAUCCAAUGCAGACUGAUGGGAAAUACCAUUACCGUGUUCCUGGAGCAUAUCACACGAAUGGAUUGAUGGCCAGAUGGAUGGCCAAAGUGAUCUACUGUCUCAGAAUGCAUUUGUUCCGCAAUGAAUUCAAGCUAACAGCAACUGAAACAAAAAGUUUAACUGAAUUCUGCCUAUUUGCAACACAUAUAUAUGUGCCGGCAUGGAUGUUGUUUCCAAUACUCAGUGAUGCAUCAGUCAAAUACCUACAACUUCUGGGCAAAAUUGAACAAUACUUUGAAAUCAACAAGAAUGUAGCAAAAAAAAUUAAAAAAUCUUUUUCAAAUACUCAAUAUUUGGAUGUAGAACUGGUUAUGAUGAGGCCACAAAUACUGGAAUCAGCAUCCAUAGAUAUUCUUAAGUUUUGCAGCAAAUGGAUGAAAGCAAAUUCUCGUCAAGAUUUUGAACCGACCAAAUAUUCAAAAGUUUGUUCACUGCAUUUUCAAACAAAUGAUUUUACACAUGAAUCAAUAGAUUCCAAUCAAAGAAGAAAAAAAGCAAGGUCAAAUAAAAAUGUUAAACAUUUAAAGCCAAAAGCUGUGCCUUCAAUAUUUCAAAAUGCACCAAAAUAUUUAAGCACAUCAAAAUCAGAAAGACCAACCAGAUUGGCCACAUCAAACAGCGACUCAAUUCUGAAACUCACAGAUUAA